AUGAAUGACAAUUAUGAAAUUCUGGCAAUUAACGAGGGGAACAUGGUGGAAGCCGUGGAAGACAUGGAGGAAGAUGAUGAUGACUUCAAUGAGGUCAACAACGAUGAAGGCGGCGAUGAUGAUGGGGUACUGCAAUAUGAUUGGCGUGAGCCAACAAUUAUAGAGUGCGAGGUGUUACAAGUUAUUAGGACCUCCACUGAGGAAGAAGAGGGGCUUAGAUUGAAUCAAAGGCAAGCUCUUCUCAAGCUAAGAGAAGGGUUUUUUGAUCCAUGGACUGGCUUGUCAUCCUGGAAAGGUGGAAAAUGUUGCGAAUGGAAAGAAGUGGAGUGUGCCAACAUAUCCGGCCAUACCCAUGUAACCAAGCUCGACCUCCAUGGCCACGGCUCUGUGGAUGAUUACCACUACUUCAGUGGGCAUAUAGACCCAGCCUUGGUAGAGUUGGAACAUUUGUCUUUCCUCAACUUAAGUACUAAUACCUUCUUUUAUAAUCCUAUCCCAGAAUUCUUGGGUUCUUCGACUGAACUCAAAACCCUAGACCUGUGAGGCAAAAUUCCUCCUCAGCUGGGGAAUCUUACAAAACUCCAACAUCUUGAUCUUUCUGGUAUUAGUAAUCCCCCAUUGAAUGUGGACAACCUUGAAUGGCUUGCUAAUCUCUCUUUCCUACAAUUCCUUACACUCAAUAAUGUGGACCUUUCAGAGGGAAGCCAAGAUCUCGGGAGGUUGGUCCUUGGACUUGCUCUUCUCACAGAAGUACAAGCACAUGGCUGCAAUCUCCUAGACUCCAUCCCAACCCCCAUUUAUAACUUGAGCAGACCAAUCCCUAAUUGGCUCGCAAACCUGGAGAAUCUAAGAGAGUUAGACAUCCGUUUUAAUAACUUGAAUGGACCAAUCCCUGCUUGUCUGGGACAAUUCAAGCACCUGAAUGAGUUAAACCUUAUCGCCAACCAACUGAAUGGGACACUCCCAGAAACCAUUGGAAACUUUUCAAUCCUGCGUGAACUAAAGAUCUCCGGCAACAAACUCAUUGGGAUGGUCACCGAAGCUACUUUUGGCGUCAAUUCCCUCCUUGGAUCCGAACUCAAAAGGGACUGCAAUAUUUGGACUUGUCUAAUGGAAAUAUUACAGGUACACUGCCCGGCUGGUUUUGGAAUAUCACCUCUCAUGUCGAGAAACUGUACCUUUCAGAUAAUUGAAUCAGAUUCCAAAUUUAUGGAGAGUCGGUCAUGCGGCAACUAUAUGUUUCAUGGUCACAUACCUAAACUUGUGCCAGACGUAUUGGCUUUAGAGCUAUCGAACAACCAGUUUUCUGGUCAUAUUCCUGCAGACAUUGGAUUAAUCAUGCCUAAUUUAACCUACUUUUGUGCAUCCAAUAAUAAUAUUACAGGAAACAUCCCGUCUUCCAUGGGUAACAUGCGUUGCUUAUUCCAUCUGGAUCUCUCUGGAAAUGCUAUCACAGGAAACAUACCUUGGAGCCUUGGGAAUUGUUUAUCUAUGGAAUUCUUGAAUUUGAGGAAUAAUGAUCUCGCUGGAAGCUUGCCAUCUUCAUUGAGCAACCUAGGCGACCUUACAUAGUUAAACUUGGGAAACAAUCGAUUAUCAGGAAAACUCCCUCAAGCCUUGGAAAAUGUCUUCAUUGGAAAUUCUCGAUCUCAGCAUUAAUUGUUUCUCGGGAGAAAUUCCGUCAUGGAUUGGAGAAAGCCUAUAGCCCGCAUUUCUACAAUAUGCAGGC